AUGGCAAAACUCACUAAUGAUGCCGACUAUGAUGCCGGCGAAACGUUUAAGAAUGUACCAAGUCCAUUAUCUGAUGCUGGGAAUCAUGACAACUACUAUGACAGACGACUUCGGACUAGUACUUUUGACCACCUUUCCAAAGGAGUUGAAGGGGGUUUCACUCUAGAAAUGGCUACUGAUGAAGCACGUGCUUGUCAAGACUUGCUUCGACAAGCUAAGUACCAUCUGAAUCGUGCCAAAACUCGCGAAGAACACGAGAGGGAAGUACGACAACGCCAGGAAGAAGAGAAGGAGGCUCAGCGCAAGAGGCAAUUAGAACUGCAGCAACAGGCUGAACUCCUAAGGCAACAACGAGAACGUCGACUAGAAGAGGAACGGGGCAAAUUUUUGGAAAAAGCCAAACUGAUUGUCAUUGAACCGGCUAGUGAGGUAGGUUUUUAA